AUGACAGACAAAGGAGACACAAAUCAUGGUAGUUCCUCUAAUGGUCACCAUAGCUUACUGAGGCUUUUCAACGAAACUCGCCAAGAUAUAGUCAGCCAGGUUGGGCGGAUCCUCCCGGAUCUGCAAGUCCUCAAGGGACUGGGAUCGACCAUUCUAGCGGGUGGAGUUAUUGAUGAUAGGCAAUAUCUCAUCGAGGAGAUCAUCCAAGUUGCCGCAUCGUUGCCGAAUGGGUCAAGGCUACGUGACGGCAUCACAGGAGAAUUCGUGAAGACAUUGUGGAAUAGCCUUGACCAUCCUCCUGUAGCACGGUUGGGAGACGAGUACAAAUACCGCGCCGCCGAUGGCAGCAAUAAUAAUCCGUUGUAUCCCCAACUAGGGGCAGCAGGGAGCCACUAUGUUCGGAGUGUGACCCCCCAACACCCACGGCCAUAUGUGCUCCCAGAUCCCUCUCUGAUAUUUGACACUAUUCUCACCCGCAAAGGACCUGCAAAAGAACAUCCUUCUAGAAUAUCGAGCACUCUAUUUCAUUUUGCAACGAUCAUUAUUCACGAUCUCUUUCGUACAGAUGACGCUGAUAUAACAAAACUGAAAAACUCAUCUUACCUCGACUUGGGACCUCUGUACGGCCACAACCAAGAUCAGCAAAACCAAGUGCGUUCAUUUCAGGAUGGACUGCUAAAGCCUGACACAUUUGCGGAACAAAGACUGCUCGGCCAGCCACCCGGAGUAUGCGCCUUGAUCAUUGCAUUCAAUCGAUUCCACAACUACAUCGUCAAGGAGAUAGCCCUGAUCAACGAAGGAGGCAGAUUUAGCCUGCCAGUUGGACUGACACCAGAUAGUCCCACAUACUCCGAGGCGCAGGCAAAGCGGGAUAAUGAUCUAUUCCAAACUGGACGACUGGUCACUUGUGGUCUAUAUGUGAAUAUUAUACUAGGCGAUUAUCUGAGGACCAUAUUGAACCUGAACACCAACCCGGUAGACUCGGACUGGAGGCUCGACCCGCGGAUGGAGAUCACUGCUGUGAACUCACCGACCAUCCCCAGGGGUGUUGGAAACCAAGUUAGUGCGGAGUUCAACAUGAUCUACAGAUGGCAUGCCGCCAUCAGCAACCAGGAUGAAGCUUGGGCACGUGGGUUCAUGCAAAACGUGUUUGGCACAGAAGUUGAUCCAGGUGGUUUGUCCGUUGAGGAAUUCGUUGGCGGCCUGCGCAGGUGGUUAGAGGGCAUUGACCCAGAUCCCGCUCAGUGGACAUUCAAUGGCCUGCAACGACAACAGGACGGCAGCUUUAGGGAUGCAGAUCUCGCGAAUAUUCUGCAGACUGCGACUGAGUCUGUCGCGGGUGCAUUCGGUGCCAAUAAUAUCCCGCGGGCAAUGAAGGCCAUAGAGAUGCUUGGCAUCCAGCAAGGCCGGGAGUGGGGAUUAGCCAGCUUAAACGAAUUUCGACGUUUCUUCAAAUUGAAAACAUAUUCAACGUUCGAGGAGGUCAACUCCGAUCCCGCUGUCUGGGAGGCGUUGGAGGCACUCUACGGACACCCGGAUAAUAUCGAGCUUUAUGUCGGUAUACAGGCAGAGGAAGCGAAGAAGCCAUGCUUUCCCGGGUCCGGAUUAUGCCCGAACUUCACUAUUUCAGCUACAAUAUUAGCAGAUGCUAAUACGCUGGUCCGCGGUGACCGCUUCUACACUGUUGAUUACAAUCCAGUGAAUCUAACGAACUUUGGGUUUGCGAACACAGUCCCAGACUUCUCCGUGGCAGGAGGCGGCCUCAUGUACAAGCUCCUGUUGCGAGCCUUCCCCGGGUGGUACACUCCGAACAGUGUAUAUACCUUGUUCCCUUUCACAACUCCGGAGCAAAACCGGAAGGUCUUUGAAAAGUCCAAAACCGCCGAUGGUCUGGAGUUUGUUAGGCCAAAAUAUGAAAGCCAGCCGACUGCUGUGACUUCAUGGCAGGGAGUAACACAGGUUCUAAAUGACCAGAAAGCUUUUCGCGUCCCUUGGGGCCCACAUACAUUCCAGCUUACGCAGCACGAUUAUAUGCUGAGCGGCGACUCCUCGGCCAAUGCGAAGCAGAGGGUGUUCGUGAAGGAUUGUUUAUAUAAGCCAACCGAUGGCCUUGAGGAGGUCAGGAAGUUUUACGAAGGUGUGACAAUGGACCUCCUACGCCAGCAUAGCCGUAAACUUGGUUCAACAUACCAGCUCGAUAUAGUGCGAGAUAUCGGAAACCUCGCUCAUACUAAAUUCACGGCGGAGUUCUUCGGCAUUCCUCUGCAAACCUCCGAGAACAAUGACACGACAGAUGCCUACACAGAAAGAGAGCUGUAUACCGUACUUUCAGAGUUGUUUGGCUAUGUCUUCCUUGACGUUGACCCGGCUCAGUCGUUCAGGCAUCGCAUCAGUGCGUCUCGGUCGUCCGAGCGGCUGGGGAAAGUUAUGCAAAAGCAUGUAGCCAGCUUGAACAAACAGCAUUUCACCAUUGCACGCAAUAUUUUAAGCAACCACAAUUCCAGCACAAAGAAGUGCCCAUUAGCCGACUAUGGACCAGAGCUCAAUGCUAGACUUUCUAGCGGUGGACAGUCUGCCGAUGAGGUGAUCUGGACCGUUAUCCCAACUGCUGCAGCUGCAUGUGCUACUCAAGCUCAAGGUUGGGCUCAACUGAUUGACCUCUAUUUGUCGGAUACAUAUUACAAAUAUUGGCCUGACAUUCAGAAAGCCGCUCGCUCUGACGACAAAGACUCUUUUGACAAGUUGAAAAAAUAUGCCCUCGAGGGGUAUGCUCGACUCACCACUUUCAAGGGAACAAACCCAUUCCAGCAUUGCUAA